CCCGCCCUCCCCGCCCCCCCCGCCCCCAGCUACGCGCUCCCCAACGGAAAGUUCGGCUCCGGCGGCGUCUCGCCCGGCAGCCGGGGAUGAGCCGGGGUCGGGGGGCGCGCUGAGCGGCGGCCAGGAGGGGGCAACUUCUCCCGGGAGAGCGCCUCCCGCCGGGCCCCGCCGGCCGCAGCCCCCGGCGGGCUCGAGUGGUUUUUCCCUUGCUUGUGCCUCCCCCCUGCGGAUCCAAGAGACGGACCUAGGUCCCCGCGCUCCCGCUGCCGGGUGACAAGAGCCAGCGCCGCCGCCGCCGCCGCCGCCGCCUCGGCCGCCGCUCCCUCCUUCCCUCCGCCCGGCCGGCCGGCCGCUCCCGGCCGCAGCCCCUGCCCUGCCCGCCUGCCCGCCGCACCAUGGAGUUCUCGGAGAGGAAGCGGAGCAGGAAAUCCCAGAGCUUCAAACUGGUGAGCCGAGAUUAUCACCAUGAGGUCUAUAAGAUCUCAGAAUUCAGCACCGAUGUUAAUGGGGAGGCCAAAGAGACACAACCCACUUUUUUAGGAGAUGAAAGCAUGGAAAUUAAAAAACAAAUUACAGGAAUGAGAAGAUUACUGAAUGACAGCGCUGGGAGGAUCUACCAGCGUGUGGGCAAGGAGGGGGAGAAAUUGAAAGAAGAACCCCAGGAUUUGGAUUCGAUCUGGCCUCAGCGUUUGAACUCUGUGGAGGCCCCACCUAGCCUCCACCCGUCUUCCCGUGGUGCAUGGAACGAGUUGCCACCCCAGAGUGGGCAGUUCUCAGGGCAGUAUGGCACCCGCUCCAGAACCUUCCAGAGCCAGCCCCACUCCGCCGGGAGCUCCAAUGGAGAACUUCCAGUGGUGAAUUCGUCAGUUGGAUCAAACUGCUGUACUUGUAACUGCCAGUCAACGUUGCAGGCCAUUCUCCAAGAACUCAAGACCAUGCGGAAAUUGAUGCAGAUUCAGGCAGUUGGAACCCAAAACAGACAACAACCCCCAAUUUCCCUUAUCUGCUCCCAGCGAACUGCCGUCUCGCGCAAGAGAAAUAAAAAGAAAAAAGUGCCCCUGAAGACUGUGGAACCUCUCACUGUGAAACAGAAGCCCAGUGCGUUAGAAGCCGAGAAGAAGGCGGUGGCGGCCCCCGAGAAUCCCAGUCUCCCCUCAGCCGAGCACACCUCCCCCAGGGAGAACCACAUCCUAGGAUUCGGCAUCGUCCUCGAAUCACCAGCCUCUGAUCCAGAAGUGCAACUUGCUGAAGGCUUCGAUGUGUUUAUGCCUAAAUCUCAGCUGGACUCUAUACUGUCAAACUACACUCGCUCAGGAAGCCUUCUGUUUAGAAAACUGGUGUGUGCAUUUUUUGAUGACAAGACUUUGGCUAACUCCUUACCCAAUGGGAAGAGGAAAAGAGGACUCAAUGACAACCGGAAAGGACUAGACCAAAAUAUUGUGGGUGCAAUAAAAGUCUUCACAGAAAAAUACUGCACUGCUAAUCACGUGGAUAAACUUCCUGGCCCAAGAGACUGGGUUCAGAUUCUACAGGAUCAAAUCAAACUGGCCAGAAGAAGGUUAAAAAGAGGCUCAGCAGAGGCAGCUGACGGUGAUGAACGGCUGGACUGCGUUUCUCUACCCCCAACAGGUAAAACACAUUUCCAUUUUCAUCACCUGCUGGAAAAUACAGCACGUGAGAAUAUUUGCAUUGAAAAUGUUUUUAACAUCAGAGAUGCAGAUGCUUGAGCAAACUGCUUCUGUAAGAGGCCCAACCCCUAGUAAUCAGAGGAGCUCAAUGCCCUGCAUUCAGAGAGAUUUUGCACAUUGAGUACGAAAAGCUGCAGUUUUCUCACAUUCUGUUUCAUCUGCCUGAUAACCUCAGAACAGCAAGUCCUAAGAACUUAGUGUCACAACGUUUUGCCUCCCCAAGCCCUGGGACAUUAAAAAAAAUAUUUUAACACGAAAUGACAUUUCUGUUUAGAUCAGGGAUCAUCCGUUUUAUGAUGAAAUUCACAGGCGUUCUGGCCUCACCUCCCUCGCAAAAAGCUUUGAGAGGCCGUGUCAUUGCUCUUCCUAUAAUGGGCACCCGAUGAAUACUGUGUCUUAAGUGAGGGAUUGAAUGUGCCGUUCCAUCUAGCCUGGGUGGCACAUUCCUAACGCUGUAACCCGAUCAGCCGAAUACACCAUCUCACUGCCGCAUCUGCUGCAGGGUUAAGCCAUAGACUUAAUUCUGACUUCUUCUUAUUUGACUCUCAAGUAAUCCUUCCGACCCUGCGCUCCUCCCUCUGCAUCGGUUCUCGCCCGAGAGCCUGAGGGACAGGUGUCUGAUCAGUGAGCCAUGUGACAAAGAGCUUAUCCCCUCAGUUGGUCUCAAGACUCUUUAUUCACUUCCCUCAAAAUACCUGAAGGUUCUCUAACAACCAAACCCAGACACACACACACACCCCCAAAAAAACCCCCUGUCAAUGAAAAAGCUCAACUCCGUGUUUUCUCUCCAUUUGGAGUGGUAAGUCUUAAGUUAGAUCCAGCAAGUAUGAGAGGAGUCGUUAGUCUGUGUAGGAACUCUGCGAGGCCCCCUGUUCACAGACAGCGCUUGCCCUGAGUUCACGGUGUAGCAGAGAUGUACGUUAGUGAACUUCAGAGCAGCCAGAAAACUCGGACACGCAAAUGAUACGGUGCUUUCUCUGUCACCGAGUAGCUAAGCAACAGAUCGACGGACAAAUAAACGAAAUUACUGCAGAGGGCAAGAGCAAGCUGCUUCUAUCGCGUUCUCACUGUAUACAGUCAUUAUAGAAAUUACAGAAAGGGGGGUUCUUGCUUGGCUAUGUUUCCACACUUAUGAAUCGAGAGAACUGAAAUGCAUGAUCUCUAUUGUUCCUUCCCAACCUGUGCUCCUCUGAGUAUCAAGACAACUCCGAUUAGCCUCGUUCUGACCACCCACUGCAGGUAGAGACAUGAAGCACUGCUACUAAUGAUGAAACUGUGCCCUUUCGGGAGGCCCCCUGGAGGAACACCUUGCUGUUCUAGUUGUACUUUCCAGGGUUCCUCCCCCAUCAGCCCCCCAUGACCCCAGGACAUUUGCACUGCCCAUCCUGGCCACCCUCUGACACAGGGGGCUUUUAAGAAGUAUUAUUACUGGAAAACCAUUCCCCUUGAAAUAAUACCUUUGAGUUUUCCUGUCUGAAGAUGGAGGCAGAGAGAUGUUUCAGAUGAGAAAACUGAACACAGGAUGGUAGAACCACCUCAUGGAACCGAAAAGAAUUUCAAGGAAUCUGAGAAAGAAGGAAUGUUAGAGAUCAUCUAGUCCCGCCCCUUCUUUUUAUCCAGUCCUUUUAUUUUACAGGUAAAAAAGCCUGAGGCCCAGAAACACUAUAUGACUUUCUCAAGGUCUCACAGCUGGUUGGUGGCCUGGCCGGAGCCCAGGCCUCUCAACUCCCAGCCAAUCCACCGCGUAGCUUUCUCACACCUUCUCUGCAUGUUUCCUAAAGAUCCUAAGAGGUGAUGGAUGUACUAAUCCCUUUAGGAUUCCAUCUCAGUGUCGGCCCGUCUUCACAGUUAGCGCUCAGUGUCGCCCCGUCUUCACAGUUAGCGCUCAGUGUCGCCCCGUCUUCACAGUUAGCGUGUCUGUCGUAAGUCAGCCUGAAGUCCGCUGCAGCUUCAGCUCUCGGGUUCUUCCCAAAAAGACCCUACCCAAGGCUGUGAGGCCCUAAGGAGGACAGUAGUAGAGGCCCUAAGGAGGACAGUAGUAGAGGCCCUAAGGAGGACAGUAGUAGAGGCCCUAAGGAGGACAGUAGUAGGACGCCUCCCGCAGGUUUCUUCACUAGACUCCUGAUAGAUAUCUGAUACAAAUCACUAAACAGCAUGAUAAAUAAUACCACUUAUCACCUCGAAAAGGGGGAAGAGAAGUCACGGAUUGGUGCCCAAAUUUUGCAGUAAUGGAAUUAAACAAUCUUGAUUAGACUGGCAUGUCUCUGGAGUGCCUCUCACGUAAAAUCCCAGCCUGGGGCUUCUCUGCACACAGCACCACGACCUAGUCCUCCCUCCUUACGUGUCUCCUUGAUGAGACUGUCCGAGGGAUGAAUUCCACCUUUCUUGUCCAUGCAUCUUCCUCCCUGCAUUGGAGACUCACUGGCCAGACCUUCCUCAUCUGGUCUGUCUGAGCUGGCAACAGUUGGUCCUUUUUAAAGAUUUAACAGUGCCUUUAUUACCUUGUUAAGGUCUUUUUUCUCCUUCGAAAUUCAUGUGUGUUGGGAAGAGGUGGGACGGGGGGAUAAAUCCCCAAGUGUUUCUAUGAACCAGAACCGACCAGGCCACGGUUACAGUCAGGCGCCAGAUGACAUUUAUCUCAGUCCGUUAACACUUAAGCAAACUUCUGUUUGUCUAGUUUUAACAAAAAUGGAUACAGAUUUUUCUAGUGGAAAAACAUAUUUUCUUAAUUUCUUUCCCCUCAACCCUGUCAGUAAGUGUUUUUGAGCGAUGCCAGGAAUCAGCACUGAGAUAGGUGCUGGUGAACAAAUCCCACCCUCAGACCAGAGGCAGAGGCUACUACGGCCCAGGGGUGGAGACAGAGCUCUGAUAAAGGAGAAAAACCACCAUAAGGGAACAAUUUUGGGGGAAAAAGAGAACAGAGAAUAAAAUCGAAACAGUACUAACAUUUAAAGGCGGCUUCUGGAUUUGAAAUAGAAUAGUACGGAGCGCACCUAGGCUUAGCAUUGUUUGGUCAUAAAUUGGCAUUCUUUUACACACUUUUUAGAAAUUAAUACAGAAAAGUGUAAGGAAGAAAAUGUAAAUUACUUUUACCACCCAGA